AUGGAAAAGGAUAUCAAAUGGUGUGUACCAUCUCUGUUACACCUUGAUCCUCCCACAAAGCAGUCAGAACUAGAAGUUCGACGAAUUAUGCAUUUACAGAGUAUAGCCAAUCAACUACCUGAUGCAUUUGUAGAUAUCAAAACGGUAACUAAAUCACAUAUACCAGCAGCAAAUGCUCCUGCUAGAAUUGAAAUCGCACAAGAACAUGGGAAAAUUGAUGAAACACAUGAGUCUAAAAUACGCUUAAAGCGUGGUAGACCAAUUGGUGCGAAGGAUAAAAAUCCUAGAAAAAGAAAGGAAGUUGAAAAACAUGACGCUCCCAAAAUGACAGAAAAUAUUAUGGAAAAAACGAAUCAUGAUUCUUCCACCAAUAUAGAGCAUCAUGAGUCUGAAGAAAAUCAUGAGAUUUCUAUCAACUAUAUUCAUAGUGGAAAGAUAUGGAAUCGAAAGAAAAUGGAUGAUGUCUUUUCUUAUCUUGUUUCAAAGGAAAUAAACGAAGAAAUCGAGGAUCCAGAACCAAUGUCAGUAUAUGAAUGUCAAAAGAGACAUGACUGGAUAAAAUGGAAAGAUGCAAUACAAGUUGAACUUAAUUCUCUUGAUAAAAGAAAUGUAUUCGGACCAAUUGUGGCCACACCUAAGGGUGUAAAACCUGUUGGUUAUAAAUGGGUUUUUGUCCGAAAACGUAAUGAAGAAAAUGAGAUAACAAGGUACAAAGCUCGUCUUGUGGCCCAAGGUUUUUCUCAAAGACCUGGGAUUGAUUACAAGGAAACAUAUUCUCCAGUAGUGGAUGCUAUCACGUUUAGAUUUUUAAUGAGUCUAGCAGCUGAUAAAAAUCUAGAGAUGCGUCUCAUGGAUGUUGUAACGGCAUAA